AUGAGCUGGCUCUUUGGGGGCUCUUCCGCCCCAAAGGACAACUCCCAGACAGACAAAAGCCUCCCAGAACUUCCCCCAGGACUCCAAACUUUGCCUCCGCCACCCCCACCAAAGGGGGCCCCCAUUCCCUCGGGGCCCUUCACGGGCUUCUCUGAGCCUCCUCCCUCUCCCCCCCAACCUGCAGGAGCUUCAAGGGGGGCCCCUUUGCCUUUGUCGUUUGCACCUCCAACUGCGGGGACGGACUACAGCAAUGAGGACUUCUCCAAAUACACGUAA